GAGGAGGUGGUGGACGCCCUAGAAAACGACUGGGACCCCGAGGAACACGAUCGCCUGGUACAGAAGCUGUUUGGCAGCGAGUACUACGGAGCACCGACAGGCGAUGAUGAUCUUGACGAGCCGCCUGUAUUCUCCGAUGAUGAUAAUGACGAUGAAGUCGAUCUGGAUUCAGAUCGCUACCACCCUCGGCGGCGACAUCGUGGCGAAACCGUACAAGACGUGGAACCGGGCGACGAGGAGGCGGGGUCGGGGGAGAUUGCGACAUCUCCAAAAAGCCAUUCCCACGCAUCCGCUAUUGAGCGAGCGGCGAAGGAUCUGGAGGGCACUCUUGCACCGCGAUCACGUGGUAGGAAACGUGCACACGUGGGUUCUCGACUAAAGGCUGCCCUUGAUCGCCGAAAACCCCUGUUUGACCCUACUAAGGAUCCGGACUUUGAGAAAUAUUUUGACGAGUUCUACCAACUGGACUGCGAAGACAUUCUUACCGGCUCGAGACCCGGUGAGGACAUUCACUGUCGUUUUAAGUACCGUGAGGUGAAACCCAAUGACUUCGGUCUGACCACAGAGGAGAUCCUCGCGGCCGACGACAAGGAACUGAACCGCUAUGCCUCCGUGAAGCUGAUGAGUGUCUACAGGACGGAAGAAGAGGAGGAGAGGGAUUUGCGCAAAUAUCAUCGACAGAAGAUGCAACUAAAGAAGCGCCAACUCCUUCCAUCUCUCCUUGGUGGACAGCAGCUUGGCGCCGAGGUGGAAGAGGGACAGGGAUCGUCAGCUGCAAAUCAGUCGGCCACUGAGCUUCCUGCGGUUGCAGAUCCAUCACUACUAGCCGAUAGGUCAACGGAGCAGCAGCAGCAGCACCAGCUCUCAAAAUGGUAA